GACAUAAAAAAUUUGAUUGUACUGAGAGAUGUCGUGUUGGGUGCAAGUGGUGUGAUUCUCCUCCAACUCGCAGACCACCUGCUGUUUCAAAAAUUAGUUUGGAUAGUCAACAGAGGCAAAAUGGUUUAAAUUCUCAACGAAAUCUUGGAGCAUUAUCAGAAAAUGGGCAUCGUUAUAACUUGGUUCUUGUCGCUGCAUUAGCCUUGAGCGGUAGUGGUGGACAAGCCAAUAGUGUACAAAUAGGUCAAAGUGUACCUCAAAUAGGUCCUACUGGUAUACCACUCGGUCCGGCAAACGUGCAAUUAAGUACUAGUGGUUUAUCACAUGGUCAGAGUGCUCUCCAAAUGAAUGGAACGAAUGUUCCAUUGGGUAGACCUCAGAAUGUCGGUCCUCUUCUACCAUCGAUUUUAAAUCCUUCAUUAAGGCCUUUAGCACCGCAACCUUUAGGACCCGGAUGGCCUCUAAUUCAACAGCAAGCACAGCAACCUUCGCUAUUUGCGCCACAUCAAGUUUCUUCACAACAAACUUUUUUUUUUCAGCAACCUACUACAAAUUUGAAUUUCGUACAAAAUACUCAACCUGUUUCUCAAUUUCCACAAUCACAAGUUCAGCUUUUAAAUUCAGAUAAUUCAUCGAUCCAAUCAAUGCCUACAGUUUCUCUUUCUCAACAAUUUUCUCAACAAUUUGUUCCUAAUAACUGGAAUAAUUUGAAUAAUUUAUCUAUACAGCAAUCUCGUGUAGUUCCAUAUAAUGGAAUGCAAAUGGAUCAACAAAUUACAAGACUUUCCGGACAACAAACUUCUGAUCUUAAUAAAUUACUUAUUUCACGUACUGAAAAACAAAGUAAUAAAGGUUCUACUGAUAGAGAGUCAAGGGACCUUGGGGAUACGUCUGCUGAGAUAAAUAAUAAAUUGCAAAGAUUGAAAAAUCAGAUAGAACUUGGUAUUCACUCAAAAGUUAGACCUCCAAAAUGGGUUAGCGCUUCAAUUGAUCAAUUACCAUUUAAUAAUUUAGUACAAGAUAAUAAGCAAAGCUCUAAUAUAAGUAAUGGCAAAGAUUUGGUAAAAAAUUUAAAUGGAGAUCGUAAUAUAGUGAUCGCUAGAGAUAAUGGUCAACUAGAUCAUUUCGUGGAAGUUAAAAUGGAAGAUACUGGAAUUAUGCCAAGUUUGAAAAGUCCCAUGUUGAAUGAUAUAUCUAUGUCUUCAAAUAUAAUGCCUGUUGAAACGUCACCUGAUCAUUUAUUUAGAGCACGAAGAGAUAAAUCACCAAAUAGACCUUUAAAAGAUGUUUCUAUGCGUGAAAGAGCGAAUUCUCAUCCUUUAACUUCUUCAAUUGGAAAUGAGUCACAAAGGUUCGAAAGGGAUCGCGUUAUUGUACCUUUUCAACGUAAUAAAAGUAGAUCACUUAGCCCUAUACGAGAUGCCCGCGAAUAUGUUCGUGAUUAUCGCGAAUAUACUAGGUCAACUUCUCCUGGCAAAUAUUAUGUUCGUUCAGCAUCAAGUUAUGAUGAUCGUUAUCAUUCUCGGCAUCCUGGACAUGAAUAUCGUGAUAAAUAUUACAAAAGUCCUUCGGGAAAUGAUUAUUCAGAAAAAUAUUAUCCUCGUUCAAUGUCUUUAGCUCCAUAUGAAGAAUAUUAUCCUAGAUAUAGUAGCGAUAAGCACGAAGAUAGAGGGCAUUCAUAUAGAGAUUAUGAUCGUGAGCAAAUGUUAGUUCGACAACGAUCUCGAUCACCUUCAGUAUAUCAUCAGAGAACACCUUAUGAUGAUUAUUCACGGAGAAUAAAUAGUACUACUAAUGGAUGGUACGGUGAUGACCCAUAUAAUAGAGAUUAUCAAGUCCGAUCUGGUGCGUAUUACGAUUUAGUUCGAGAUGAGCGUUAUGAGCAUCGUGAUCGUGCGUACAGUGCUCGCCCUGAAGGCGAAAGAGGUUAUGGGGAAAGAGAGUACGCAAGGCCGAUGGAUUAUGAAUAUCCAUCACGCAGGCGACCUGUGGAUCGCUGGUGA